UUUUCCAGCACUACACGAAAAUUGUAAACAAAACGCAGCACACGUGCAGCAACCUAUUAAAUAAACUUUUAAACUCCAUUUAAACCUAUGGCCGGUAAUUUUGAGUUGCUCAGUGAGCAGGGCCUCCGCCUAGAUGGCCGGAGACCACACGAAUUGCGCCACAUCAAGUGCAAAUUGGGAGUGUUUGAGCAGCCCGACGGCAGCGCAUACAUGGAACAAGGAAACACAAAAGUCUUGGCUGCUGUAUAUGGACCCCAUCAAGCGAAGGGAAUGAAAGCAGAGACGAACGAUGUCAUCAUCAACUGCCAGUACAGCCAGGCCACAUUCGCCACGGCGGAAAGAAAGAACCGUCCGCGAGGAGAUCGAAAGUCACUGGAGUUCAAAAUGUACCUGGAACAGGCCCUGAGUGCGGCCAUCAAGUCCGAGCUGUACCCACGCUCCCAGAUCGACAUUUACGUUGAGGUUCUCCAAGCAGAUGGAGCCAAUUAUGCGGUUGCCCUAAAUGUCGCCACCCUGGCCCUGAUCGAUGCCGGCAUUUGCUUGAAUGAGUUUAUUGUCGCCUGCACCGCCUCGCUGAGCAAAAACAGCAUCCCCCUAACCGACAUAUCGCACACUGAGGAGGUUUCCGGCGGGCCCAUGCUCACAGUGGCUGCCCUGCCCACGGCCGAGAAGAUUGCCUUCCUCGAGAUGAGCGAACGUUUUCACAUUGACCAUCUGGAGACCGUCAUCGAGACGGCAAUGGCUGGCUGUCGAGAGAUUCGCGACAUUCUGGAGGCGGCUGUCAGGGAACAUCUCCUGCACAUCGGCAGUGCGGCUGAUUGGGCCAGAGUUGGAUGAU